GCCAACAUCUCCACCUGAAUACUCUUCCAGAAUGUUAUCAGAUGUCACCCCACGUUUGAUAUCAGGAGCAGAUCCUAGUGGAGGCUCGAAGUGUUGGUGGGGGCUCAGUCUUCGAAGUUUGUAUUAUGACUGUUGACCUACGGUAAUAUCAAGACAAUAUGGCUGCACUACCAAGUGAUGUUGUAGCUCCGAAUCUAGAGGCUGAAGUGGGUAGCCAGGAAUUAAGAACCCCCAAUUUCUUGCCAAAUUCAAAGUCUAACAGUAACUAGGCCGAUGACUUCGCGGACGGAGAUUCUGCCCUUGGAGGUAAUAGCUUUGGGAGCUCCACUACCUCGGUCGAGACAAGUAUCAUGAGGCAUCGACAUGAGAAUGGACGGACUUACCAUUCCUACAAAGACGGAAAGUACCUAGUACCAAACGAUGAGCAAGAGCAAGAACGGGCAGACCUGCAACACCACCUGUACCUAUUGACUUAUGAUGGCAAAUUAUCAAUCAUCCCAGACUUAGAAGAAAAUAAUUCCCAGCAUGUGCUAGAUGUUGGAACUGGUACUGGCAUUUGGGCGAUUGAUUACGCCGAUGAGCAUCCUGAAGCCAAGGUCCGAGGUAUUGACAUUAGUCCUGACCAACCAUCCUAUGUUCCUCCCAAUGCAUCAUUUGAGAUCGACGACUUAGAAGAGCCGUGGCAUUUCUCAGAGAAGUUCGACUACAUCCAUUGCCGAAUGAUGACAGGAAGUUUUGCAAAUUGGCCAAAAUUCUUCGACCAAGCCUUUUACUCUAGGAAUACCACGCCAGGAGGCUACAUCGAGGUCUCAGACAUCUGCUUUCCAGUACUGACUGACGAUAAUUCCUUCCCAGAAGACUCUGCCCUUCAGUCUUGGGCACAACAGCAGCUUAAAGGCAGUAAAAUCAUCGGCCGUCCACUUGAUGCUGCCAAAAACCACCAAGCGGAACUUCAACGAGUGGGAUACACAGACGUGACUGUCAAGCAUUUCAUUUGGCCAAUGAACCGCUGGCCGAAGGACGAGAAGUACAAAGAGUUGGGGACGUGGAAUUGCGAAAACUUUACUGCUGGUGUCUCUGGGUUUUCCCUGGCGCUGUAUACGAGAGUGCUCGGCUGGACGCCAGAACAGCUUGAGGUUUUCCUCGUGGAUGUGAGAAAGGAGAUGAAGGAUACUAAGAUUCAUUCUUAUUGGCCUAUCUACACAAUAUACGCCAGGAAGCCCGAAUGA